AUGUUUUUUUUAAUUGUUCAAUGCUCUAAUUAUAUUUGUUAAACUUCCUGUUGCAAUUAUCAGAAUGAAUGUGCCUUAGGUGAUUGUGUACAUUUUGACUAUGUUAUUAUAACAUCUAAAUUUAGAAAGACACCAUCAGUUACUUUACAUUAGCAAUUCAAUUAGCUUUUCUAAUUAUAUCAAUAGCUAUCCUUUUUUUAUCUAAUACCCCUAAUUAUUUAGUUGUCCAACAAAGAGAACAAUAAUGA